AGAUCCGGAGCUCUUGAAAGCCCAGAACAACAAACACCCCAACACAAGUCCUAUUUCGGCUUGCCGGAGCAACCUGCUCGGCCGGCUUCCCGGCGGCACGCGCGCGCGCGGGGCCAGGGGCGUGUGCGGGGAGGUGAGGAACACCGUUCACCUCGGUGCGACGAGAAGCCGCGCACGUCAGCGGAGAAACCCGAGCCGCAAGAGAGAAGCUCAGGCUCGGCGGGUUUCUCCGGCCACGCGGCGCCGGGAAGGUCGGGACGUCGGCGCGCGGCCCCAAGGCCAGAGGAGGAGGAAGAAGGCAGCCUCGCAUGCGGCGGCCGGGAAAGAGCCGCAAACAAGAAUCAACCUGGCUCGGCUGGCGGCCGUGGCGGCGAGGCGUGCGACGCGGCGCGUCGUUCAGGGGCGGCCGACAGGCGGGAAGGGCGCCCGGGCACGGAGGAGUCGACAGGGGUGAUUCUAGGCGUGGUCGGCGCCGGCUGGCGCUGUGGCACCCGGCGCGGCCUGGGUUGCGAGCAGACCGCGAGGAGGAGCAGCGGCGGCACCGGCAAUGCGGCGGUCGACGGGAGUCGCAGGAGCACGAUCGAUCCCGAGCGGAGGGUCUGCAGGAGGCGCAGCCCCGGCCCUUCACCACAACCCGAGAGAGAGAGGGAGAGAGAAAAAGAUGGAGAAAGAUGGGACAGUGGGUGGAGAGGAGAGCUCCGGCAGCCGGCGGCGUGCUCAGGUGGCCGGGCGCGCGCAGGGGAGCAGGGGAAUGUGUGGGGAGGCGCUAGGGGCUAG